AUGAGCUUCCUCAUCUUCUGCAACGCCUUGGUGUUUGCCGUGGAGGCCCAAUACCGCGGCUUCGAAUUCGCGGAUGCUGCGAACUUCGGCGGAGCGUCGAACGGCCAGCAGCUGUGGCUCGGUGUGGAAGGAGUCUUCGCUACCCUGGAGCUGGCCUUCGGCUUAGUCUUCGCAGGAUCAGGAGACCUAGUCACCAAGGUCUUCGGGAUCGUCUUUACCAUCGAAGUCUGCCUGCGGCUCUUUGCAGAAGGCCUCGGCUUUUGGAGGGAGGUGUGGCUGGUGGAGAACUUGGUGGAAGAUUUACCAGUGAACAGUCAGAUUCUGCGCUUGGGCCGUAUCUUCCGACUGCUUCGGUUGCUGAACUUGGUCCGCAAAAUUCAGGAGUUUGAUCCGCUCUUUUUGAUGACCACAGCUAUCCGUAGCAGCAUGAGUGUGCUUGGCUGGUCCAUGGCCCUUCUGUUCGUCUGCCAUCUUUUAUUGGCGCUGGUGGUGCAGCAGAUCUUGUUCGGCUACUACUUCGAUGCCGAAUCAGACGACCCGGAAGGUCAGCAACGAGUCUUCAUGUACUUCGGGACCUUCACUCGCUCUUUCCUGUCGCUGUUCGAGCUGACUCUAGCCAACUGGGCUCCGGUUUGCCGCGUGCUCCUGGAAGAGGUCAAUGAGUGGUGGGUGGUCUUCUGUCUGCUUCACAAGCUUACCGUGGGCUUCGCUGUCGUUGGUGUCAUCAACGCGGUGUUGAUGCAGGAGACCUUCAAAGUCGCCUACCUCGACGACACCGCCGCUUGGCUGUCUUGGUUUGAGUUCAUAAAGGUCAUGGUCCGCGAGAAGAUGCGGACGAUGCGCGCCCACGUGGCCAAGAUGUCUGAGCUCUUCCACGAAGCAGACACUUCAGGAGACGGGAAGCUGGAUCUGAACGAGUUCAAGCAAAUCCUGAAGAAGCAGGAGGUGAGGGUCUGGCUUUCGGCCAUGGAGUUGGACGUCAGCCAUCCGGAGGAGCUCUUCAAGAUGUUGAAUACCGCCGGGGACGGCCGGCUCUCUGCAGACGAGCUCGUGCAAGGGGUCUCGCGGCUGCGCGGCGCCGGGAGGGCACAGGAGGUGCGAAAGAUCCUGGAGACCAGCGAGUACAUGACCCCUGCAUGGGCUUUUCAGCAUGUUUUCAAGUUUUGGGCUGGUUUAACAAUAGGUCAUGCCUCAGAGUGGGUUGGUUCCGUGGGAAGGUCACUCGUUGGGGAGCCGCAGCCCGAGCUCGGGGCAGAAAGCUCGAUCAAGGUCUCGGGGGUGCGAAUAUUGGGGCCAACGGACUUUACGUUCCGUAUCAGUGAUUCUUCCCCAGACAGUCGCGUGCCGUUUGAGUUUUACCAGCUGAAGGAGCGAAUGCGUUCCGAAGCAGAGGAGGAGGAUGAGGAAGAGAUGCGGGCCGACCUCCCCGACGAUCUGACAGUGGAGUCGCCCUCCAGCGCCGUCUCCAAGGUCUGGAGUCAGGGCAAGAAGCGCGGCCUUAGCAAGCAGAAGAAGUGGCGAUCUGCCUCGGAUCUAAAGUGGGAAGGGCAGCUGCGGCCCUUCCUUGCGAAGUGCAUCAAGCUCCCAGCCGUGGACUGCGCUAUGAGCUUCCUCAUCUUCUGCAACGCCUUGGUAUUUGCCGUGGAGGCCCAAUAUCGCGGCUUCGAAUUCGCGGAUGCCACGAACUUCCACGGGGCGCCCAACGGCCAGCAGUGGUGGCUCAGAGUGGAAGGGAUCUUCGCAACCCUGGAGUUGGUGUUUGGGAUCGUCUUUACCAUCGAAGUUUGCCUGCGGCUCUUUGCAGAAGGCCUCGGUUUUUGGAGGGAAGCCUGGAACUGGUUGGAUGCACUGGUGAUCUCCGUGUGGCUGGCAGAGAACUUGGUGGCAGAUUUGCCAGUGAACAGCCAGAUUUUGCGCCUGGGCCGGAUCUUCCGACUGCUUCGGUUGCUGAACCUGGUCCGCAGAAUUCAGGAGUUUGAUCCGCUCUUUUUGAUGACCACAGCUAUCCGGAGCAGCAUGACUGUGCUUGGCUGGUCCAUGGCCCUUCUGUUCGUCUGCCAUCUUUUAUUGGCCCUGGUGGUGCAGCAGAUCUUGUUCGGCUACUACUUCGAUGCCGAAUCAGACGACCCGGAAGGUCAGCAACGAGUCUUCAUGUACUUCGGGACCUUCACUCGAUCUUUCCUGUCGCUGUUCGAGCUGACUCUAGCCAACUGGGCGCCCGUUUGCCGCGUGCUCCUGGAAGAGGUCAAUGAGUGGUGGGUGGUCUUCUGUCUGCUUCACAAGUUCACCGUGGGCUUCGCUGUCGUUGGUGUCAUCAACGCGGUGUUGAUGCAGGAGACCUUCAAAGUCGCUUACCUCGACGACACCGUCAUGGUGCGCGAGAAGAUGCGGACGAUGCGCGCUCACGUGGCGAAGAUGUCUGAGCUCUUCCACGAGGCAGACACCUCAGGAGACGGGAAGCUGGAUCUAAACGAGUUCAAGGGCAUCCUGAAGAAGCAGGAGGUGAGGGUCUGGCUUUCGGCCAUGGAGUUGGACGUCAGCCAUCCCGAGGAGCUCUUCAAGAUGUUGAAUACCGCCGGGGACGGCCGGCUCUCUGCAGACGAGCUCGUACAAGGGGUCUCGCGGCUGCGCGGCGCCGGGAGGGCACAGGAG